GAUGGGGAGAGGGGUGAGAUCUCACAGUUUAGUUAUCUUUGGGAUGCCUCCCCUGACCCUUCUCUCUUCCUUUUCUCAGCCUUCAUCACCCAACAACACAUAGCGAGGGAGUGUCCAACGUGUUUAUUACAUAAACUGAAUGGAAAGGCAAAGCGUGACAAGUGCCACAAGAGAUGCACAUACUACUAUAGACGGUAAAGCAAGGCAAGGAGGGAAAAAGGAUCAUCAGCACGUGCCCAUCGACAUCCAGACCAGCAAGCUGCUCGACUGGCUGGUGGACAGAAGGCACUGCAACCUGAAAUGGCAGGGUCUGGUGCUGACAAUCCGAGAGAAGAUCAAUGCUGCCAUCCAGGACAUGCCAGAGAACGAAGAGAUUGCCCAGCUGCUCUCAGGAUCCUACAUUCAUUACUUCCACUGCCUAAGAAUUGUGGACCUUCUCAAGGGCACUGAAGCCUCCACAAAAAAUAUUUUUGGCCGAUACUCUUCACAACGAAUGAAGGAUUGGCAGGAGAUUGUAGCCCUGUAUGAGAAGGACAACACCUACUUAGUGGAACUCUCUAGCCUCCUGGUUCGGAAUGUCAACUACGAGAUCCCCUCACUGAAGAAGCAGAUCGCCAAGUGCCAGCAGCUACAGCAGGAGUACAACCGCAAGGAGGAGGAGGGCCAGGCAGGGGCCGCCGAGAUGCGGGAGCAGUUCUACCACUCCUGCAAGCAGUACGGCAUCACGGGAGACAAUGUCCGAAGAGAGCUGCUGGCCCUGGUGAAGGACCUGCCGAGUCAGCUGGCUGAUAUUGGAGCAGCAGCUCAGUCCCUGGGGGAAGCCAUCGACUUGUACCAGGCCUGUGUGGGCUUUGUGUGUGAAAGCCCCACAGAGCAGGUAUUGCCAAUGCUGCGAUACGUGCAGAAGCAAGGAAACUCAACAGUGUACCGAUGGAGGACGGGGACAGAGCCCUCGGUGGUGGAGCGGCCACACCUUGAGGCGCCUCCAGAGCAGGUGGAAGAAGACGCGAUUGACUGGGGCGACUUCGGGGCAGAGGCGGCUUCUGAAGGGAUUGACUACGGCAUCUCUGCCCAGGCCGCUGGAAUUGACUGGGGUAUCUCGCUGGACUCAGACUCAAAGGAAGCUGGGAGUGAUGGCAUAGACUGGGGAGACGAUGCUGCUGUUUCACAGAUCACGGUGCUGGAAGCCGGAACCCAGGCUCCAGAAGGUGUUGCUAGGGGCCCGGACGCUCUGACUCUCCUUGAGUACCCUGAGACCCGGAAUCAGUUUAUUGAUGAACUCAUGGAGCUUGAGAUCUUCUUGUCCCAGAGAGCAGUGGAGAUGAGUGAGGAGGCAGACAUCCUGUCAGUGAGCCAGUUCCAGCUGGCUCCAGCCACCCUGCAGGGCCAGACUAAGGGGAAGAUGGUCACCAUGGUGUCCAUGUUGCAGGAUCUGAUCGGCCAGCUCACCAGUCUCCGAAUGCAACACCUGUUUAUGAUCCUAGCCUCACCAAGGUAUGUGGACCGGGUGACUGAACUCCUCCAGCAAAAGCUGAAGCAAUCCCAGCUGCUGGCCUUGAAGAAGGAGCUGAUGGUGCAGAAGCAGCAGGAAGCGCUUCAGGAGCAGGCGGCCCUGGAGCCCAAGCUGGACCUGCUGCUAGAGAAGACCAGGGAACUGCAGAAGCUGAUUGAAGCUGACAUCUCCAAGAGGUACAACGGGCGUCCAGUAAACCUGAUGGGAACCUCUCUGUGACAUCCCUCCAUGUUCUUGCCUGCUCAUCUUCUCAGACUUCAGGAUGGAGGGGUCCUCCAUCAAGAGCUCAUGUUACAGGCCCCUUCCCAUCAAGAGACCAGGAAGACUGGAAGGCACAAAGCCACGUGAGAGAAUCAUCCCCCAGGUGGAAUAAGUAGAGGCUGUCACCUUAGCAUUCACUGUGAGAGACUGUGUUAAUUGGCCCUGUGGCCCGGUCAGCCUGAAACCACAGCUUCCGCUCUGUGUGGUUAGUCUAGUUGGGCUUAAUAAAAGAGGGAAAGAUUCUAUUGGCCAUUACUUAUUCUGCUUCUCUAAGCCUGGGAUUGAGGCUGUGCUGUUGUGGGGUUCUUGAUCCAGGUGGGCUCCCUGGGCCAUUGGAGCCCCAGGUUAAGGACUUUUCCACUUGGCCUCUGGCCCUAGGUACCGAGCUUACUAGCUACAGAUGGUCAACAAGGGGUUGUGGGGUAGCUGAGUUGGCUGGGCCCCUUUCUCUUCACAACCAGGCCCAGACUGGCCCACUCAGGCCAGCCGCCCAGGGGGAGCAGUCGAGCAGCAGCCUUGUUGGAGCCAGCAAAGCUGUAUUUUCCUCUUAAUCACAGCUUACCUCCAGGCAGAGGGAAACUGCGGUUUGGAGAGGAAGGGUCUGAUGAACAAGGUGGAGACAAGAGAUGUCACCUUCACUAGCUGCCUGUCCACUUCCUACCCAUAACUGCCUGCUCUGUGAUUGGAUAGAGCCCACCCUAGGAUAGCACCCCUCUCCCAAGCCACCUACCCAUCCGCAUUUCCCAGGAAGGGUAGGGGCUGGGGGUGGCCGGCAAUUCGAUUUUAAUUUCAUAGCAGAGC